AUGGCAGAAAAAUUGAGAAGAUAUGAAAAAAUUGAUUUUUUGGGAGAAGGACAGUUUGCUACAGUAUACAAAGCAAAAGAUACUGAAACGGAUCAAAUAGUUGCAGUAAAAAAGCACGAUAACAUUAUCGGCUUACUAGAUGUGUUUGGUUACAAGUCAAACGUGUCGCUGGUCUUCGACUUCAUGGACACCGAUUUAGAAAUAAUAAUAAAGGAUUCAAGUAUUGUAUUUACAAUAUCUCACAUAAAGUCUUAUAUGAUCCAAACUUUACAAGGAUUAGAUUACUUACACUGCAACUGGAUUCUCCACCGUGAUUUGAAGCCCAAUAAUUUAUUAGUAAAUCAAAAAGGAAUUUUAAAGAUAGAAGAAACUUGGCCAGGAAUGACUGAACUAACAGAUUUCAUCCAAUUCAAACCUUUUAUCGGAAUACCUUUCUCAGACAUUUUCACAGCAGUCGGUGCAGAUCUUCUAGAUUUAAUUUCCAGUUUAUUACGUAUCAACCCAAGCGAGAGAUGUACCUGCAGCCAGGCACUGCAAAUGCCCUUUUUCAGCAAUAAACCUGCACCAACUCCUGGGGACAAAUUACCACUGCCUAUAAGUGUCAGAAGACUUAAAGAAAAUCGACCAAGUCUCAAGCGUAAACUACUCGAAAAUAUCGAUGGAGGAACUCUAGCCAAACGUUUACAAUUUUAA